AAUGUCUCAGAAUUGUGAAAACUGUGUGUAGAGCUGAGAGUGGAUGUAGUGGCCUUAAAGCCGAAUAAGAGACUGAGUGUGAGCUGAUGUGUUACAACAGAGCUGAAUCACAAGACACGCUUUCAGAGAGAGAGAGUCAGUGUAGAAAGGCCACCGAUGAAAGGUGUUUGAUACUUCCGUAUUGAGGUAAACCUGACUGCAAUCUGCAAAAGUUGGACUUUGAGGUGUUGAUGUGCACAUAAGACCACAUGCUGAAGUGGAUAUUUCUCACAUUGACUUGCACCAGACCCAAACAGCUGCAUCUCUGAGGACAACUUGGUUUCAUACUGAGUGUGUGUGUGUACGACCCCAGCUGUGUGCUCUUCGGCAUGGAUCAACCAGCAAGCAGUUGCAUGCGGACCCCUCACACAGGCAGUGCACUCUGGGGCUGUGUUAGGACCCCUCACUCUGGAGGUUCUGGGGCAGGUCUGCAGCCGUACCAGCAGGCCCCUUUUUCCCUGCACCAGAAACAUAAUUUCCUGGCCUACACAGACUUCUCCAGCUCUUGCCUGGUGCCGGCACCACACGCAUACCCACGUGAGGAGAGACUGUACCCAGAGACGCACGGAGGGUACCAAAGGUCAGAGUGGCAGUUCCCUCCCUGUGAACCACGAGGUGGAGGUCAGGAGCCAUGCCAGGCAGCAGCAGAAGCAGUGGGAGACGGUGUAGUGGCUGAAAUGGACAGUGCAGGGGGAGACAGGCUGCCUGGAGCAGUCACAUCAUGUCUAGAGGAAGAGUACUCCCCUCAAAGUGUUGCAACGGUCAAAACAGAGAAAAAAAGCUCCAAGCGGAAAAGAGAAAUAACAGAGAUUCAGGAUUCAGGCUUCAAGCCUGACUCAAACUGCAAGGCUAGAAAGGAACGAACAGCCUUUACCAAGGAACAACUCCGGGAGCUGGAGGCCGAGUUCACCCAUCACAACUACUUGACCCGCCUGCGGCGCUACGAGAUUGCUGUUAACCUUGACCUCACUGAGAGACAGACCACAACUAGCUUGAUCCUUGAUGGCUUUCCCAGGCCUGAGGCCCAAUCACAUGCCAGAUCCCAGCACAACUCUGGGCUUUUCCUGAAUCCCUUUGCAACUCUUUCUUCACAUUUUCCGAUGCAUCCUACAUAUCUUGGCCGCCUGCCACCCUUUGCUUUCAUUAUGAGUGGCAGACAGAUUCAGUCAAGAAAAAGCAUGCAAAAAUAGUGUGGGAACAGAUGGUCCAUGUCCCUAUGUUUCCGUGGGGAAUGCAGAGAGGGAUGCACAAGGGUCACAGACUUGGGGUCCUCAGAGUUUUAACUGUCAGAAAUAAUGUCACAAAUCUUUUGAUUUGCUGGCUGCAAAAUAUUUUUCAAUCAUUCAUGUGAGAGUGCACAAUUUAUUCUCAAAAUCACUUCCAGACAGUUUAAUUGUAUUGAUUAUCAUUAUUAUCUAUUAUUUUAUUUUUAUUUUUUUGCAAUUUUCCAAUUAUACAUCACAAUAAUAAAGAUUAUACAGCAAUGACAGGCUCCCCAAAUUUUAAAUAGGAAUAGUGUAUUUCAGAGAAGAAAAAAAAUAGCAAUAAUAAAAUAUAUUCCAUAUACGGAAUAUAAUAGUCAUUGGGCAUCUUCAGGAAAGUCCUACAGGGAAUAAUUAUUUCAGUUUUUCAGUGUAUGUCAUAUGUAAGUUUUGUUGAAGGCAAAAGAUUAGUAGCCUUAUUCAUUAUAAAGGAAAGUACUUUUUGGGUUGACCUGACCACAACAAUAACAUUCAUUUUUAGCCAGAUAAAAUGCAUGAUUCAAAAGACAUUCUAUAUCACACCCAAAUUUAAUUCUGUAAAUUAAAAGUAUUAAUUUAGAGACAUUGAGAAGGUCUUAAGAGUCAAUCCCAAAGUAUAUGCAUCACGUUACCAACUUUACACUUAAAACACAACUGGGACAGAUUUUGUGUGGGCAAACUGGUGUGCGUUGAGAAGUCAUAUGAAUAUUGAUUAUAACUGUUAUUCACAGGUGAAAGUGUGGUUUCAAAACAGACGAAUGAAGUGGAAGAGAGUGAAAGGAGGACAGCCUGCAUCUCCGCAUGACCUGGAAGCAGAUGAGAUGGACUCUGCUGCUUCUCCAAGCUCAGAUUAAAGAUCUCAUCUAGAGGUUUAUUCAUAUUUACAGUCACCCAGGCUCACCCAAGCCAUACACAUGAUGUCCAAUGUUUCACUAGUUUCUCCACAUAUCCCGUUACACUGCAUCAUGGACAAAAGCUUUCAUGCUUCCUCUUGCUCCCAUGGCUCAGAUGACUAAUUAUCAACAGAACUUGAAUGGUUUGGAAGCACCAUCCAGUUUCAUUCAUGAACAGAUCAAGUGAAAUCAGAGACCUAUAAAACCCCAAUUAUUCACGUGCAAAAACAAUUUAUAUUAACUGUUCAAGCCCUGGUUUAAUAGCUUUGACCUCCAGCCAUGACGGCAUGAUGUAGGUCUGUUGUUGGAACGGUUUCACACUGAUGCCUGAUCAGAACCACCUGUGAAGCUUCACAGGCAGACUCAGGAUCACGUCAAACCGCCAAAGCCUCGAUAUCACAUCCUAAACUGUAUUGUCAUGUUUCUCUUAGAAUAUACCUUUUUCCAUUGUUGAGUGAUGAAUUUUUUUUGUUAUUUUUUUUUUUUUUUUUGUACCUUUCUUUUUUACUUGAAAUUGAUCAAACAGAUGUUGCAUAUAAAAAUAAGAAAACAAUAAUUAAUAAAUAUCUUAAAA